AUGCCUUCAGUGAAGUUGCCCAGUUCUGAUGGAGAGGUAUUUGAAGGUGCUGUGGACACUGCCAAACAACCUGUGACAAUCAAGACCAGGUUGGAAGGUUUGGGAAUGGAUGGUGGAGGAGGUGAUGACCCAGGUCCUCUCCCGAAUGUUAAUGCAGCAGUAUUAAAGAAGGUCAUUCAGUGGUGUACCCACCUCAAGGGUGACCCUCCUCCUCCUGAGGAUGAUGAGAGCAAAGAAAAGCAAACAGAUGAUAUCCCUGUUUGGGACCAAGAAUUCCUGCAAGUGGACCCAGGAACCCUUUCUGAACUUAUUCUGGCAGCAAACUACCUAGACAUCAAAGGUUUGCUUGAUGUUACAUGCAAGACUGUUGCCAACAGGAUCAAGGGGAAAACUCCUGAGAAGAUUCGCAAUACCGUUAAUAUCAAAAAUGAUUUCACUGAAGAGGAGGAAGCCCAGGUACGCAAGGAGAACCAGCGGUGUGAAGAGAAGUGA